AACAUGGCUGAGCAAAUUUCGAGCCUGUACAACAGCGUCACGGAGAGCGUCGCCGCCGCGCUGUCGCCGUCGACGGCGCCCGUGGCGGGCAAGCACAAGUUCCUCCUCUACGGCAAGAACGGCUGGAUCGGCGGCAUGCUCAUCGAGCUCGCGCGCGCGAACGGCGACGAGGUCGUGCUCGGCGACGCGCGCCUCGAGAACCGCGAGGCCGUGCUCGCCGAGAUCGAGAAGGUCCGGCCGACGCGCGUGCUCAACGCGGCGGGCGUCACGGGCCGGCCGAACGUCGACUGGUGCGAGUUCAACAAGCAGACGGUGAUCCGCACGAACGUCAUCGGCUGCCUGAACCUCGCGGACAUCUGCUGGCAGAAGAAGCUCCACUGCACGCUCUACGCGACGGGCUGCAUCUUCGAGUACGACGCGGCGCACCCGCUCGGCGGCGGCGUGGAGACGGCCUUCACCGAGGAGGACCGCGCGAACUUCGACGGCUCCUACUACUCCAUGACCAAGGGCUUCGUCGAGGAGAUGCUCCGCGCCUACCUCGACCACCUCACGGUGCUCCGCGUGCGCAUGCCCAUCUCCGACGACCUCUCGCCGCGCAACUUCAUCACGAAGAUCUCCAAGUACGAGAAGGUCGUCGACAUCCCCAACAGCAUGACCGUGCUCCACGACCUCCUCCCCUGCUCCCUCGAGCUCAGCCGCCGCGAGCUCGCGGGCAUCUACAACUUCUGCAACCCGGGCGCGAUCAGCCACAACCAGUGCCUCGAGCAGUACAAGAAGUACGUCGACCCGGACUUCACGUGGUCCAACUUCACCGUCGAGGAGCAGAACAAGAUCCUCGCCGCCAAGCGCUCCAACAACGAGCUCGACUGCUCCAAGCUCGUCAACGCCCUCCCGGACAUGCGCAUCCCGGACAUCCACACGGCCAUGGCCGAGUGCAUGCAGCGCACGAAGAAGAACCUCGACGCCCAGGGCUGGAAGCCCACGCCCCGCGGCAAGUAGGGCGACGCGUGGCGCGGCUCGGGUAAGGGUCUUUUCUUUUCGUU